CGCUGGAGUAAAAAAGGAGGGGAAAGUGAGAAAAGCUCCACCCCACCCACCUCCGUUUUGGUUUACUUCUCUUCUUCUUCUUCUUCUCCUCCCCCGUUCCCCAAUUCCAUCCCCCAAACCACCACCGGGACGGAGGAGAGGUGGCCGGGGAGGGAGCGGUGGGGCGACAGUUGCAGCAGCCGUAGCGGCAGCAGGAGGGAUUCGGGCAGGAGGAGCCGCCGCGAUGGGCGCGCCGGUGCGCGGCGCCCUCGUCUUCUUCGUGCUUGUUCUCGUUGGUGCGGCCGCGGAGACGGCGCCCGAGGAACCCACAUUGCCCUCCGCCGCCGCCGUCGGUGGCGGAGAUGGUGCUGGUACGGGCGUGACCGCUGGUGCGGGUGCCGCUGCUGGUGUCGGCGGCGGUGGCGGCGCGGGAGGGAUCAACUCCAACUCGGUGCUGGUGGCGCUGCUGGAUUCGCAUUACACGGAGCUGGCGGAGCUGGUGGAGAAGGCCCUCCUGCUCCAGACGCUGGAGGACGCCGUCGGCAAGCACAACGUCACCAUCUUCGCGCCGCGGAACGAGGCGCUGGAGCGGGACCUCGACCCGGAGUUCAAGCGCUUCCUGCUCGAGCCGCGGAACCUCAAGUCGCUCCAGUCGCUGCUCCUCUUCCACGUCCUCCCUGCCCGCCUUCCCUCCGGAUCCUGGCCCGCCGCCUCUCAUCCGACUCUCUCCGGCGAGGAGGUUGAGCUCGCCGCGGGCAACGGCGGCGAGAUGCGCGUCGCCCACGCCGCCGUAACCCGCCCAGACGCGGUGCUCAGGCCGGAUGGUGUCAUCCACGGGAUCGAGCGCCUCCUCGUGCCCCGCUCUGUGCAGGAGGACUUCAACCGCCGCCGCAGCCUCGCCGACAUCUCUGCAGUGCUGCCCACGGGCGCGCCCGAGGUGGACCCGAGGACCCACCGACUCAAGAAACCGGCGCCGCCCGUUCCCCCGGGCGCGCCCCCCGUGCUCCCGAUCUGGGAUGCCAUGGCCCCCGGCCCUGCCAUCGCGCCGGCGCCGGCCCCUGGACCGGGCUCCGGGAAGCACCACUUCGACGGCCACAGCCAGGUGAAGGACUUCAUCCAGACCCUGCUCCUGUACGGCGGUUACAACGAGCUCGCCGACAUCCUCGUCAACCUCACCUCUCUCGCCACCGAGAUGGGCCGCCUUGUCUCCGAGGGCUACGUGCUCACCGUGCUCGCGCCCAACGACGAGGCCAUGGCGCGCCUCACCACCGACCAGCUCAGCGAGCCAGGCUCGCCGGAGAACAUCCUGUACUACCACAUGAUCCCGGAGUACCAGACCGAGGAGAGCAUGUACAACGCGGUGCGGAGGUUCGGCAAGGUGCGCUACGACACGCUGCGGCUGCCGCACAAGGUGGUGGCGCGGGAGGCCGAUGGCUCCGUCAAGUUUGGGCACGGCGAGGGGUCGGCGUAUCUCUUCGACCCGGACAUCUACACGGAUGGCAGGAUCGCGGUGCAGGGCAUCGACGCCGUGCUGUUCCCGCCGGAUGACACCAAGACGGCGCCGGACACCGCCCCCGUCGUCAGGAGGGCACCCGCCGUCACCGGCACCCGCAAGAGCAAGCUCCGGAGAGGCAAGUUGUUAGAAGCAACGUGCCAAAUGGCCGGCAUCAUUGGUCAGCGAUCGCGAUUCGCAAGCUGCCAGUAGACUUGAAAGAUUGAUCUCUUGAUACCGAAACACGAACUAGAAUGAUGAGGUGAUGGACUGCUGGAGCCGUCCACAUUACCAUUUGUUUUUUAUUUUUAUUUUGUUCAUUAUAUUAUUACGAAUAAUCAAUCAGGUGGGGAAUGUAAUCUGGUGGUUGUUGGUGUGUCUGAAAAAAGGGCAGGAAAAUGUUCAUACAAUCAUACUUGAAGACCAAGAUCUGUGUAUAGGAGCAUUUUUUUUUCCCCGUCAAUUUUUCUUUCUGUUUUGACAGAAUGCCGAGUAAACAAUUAAACAUUGCAGCAUCCGUGGUGUUAAAGCUUCAUCAA